AUGGGUGAUGGGAACAAAAAUUGCUUUGCAUGUUGUUUCUCAACAACAACAACAACAUCAUCAUCAUCAUCAAUCAAGCUUCUGUUCUUUAUAGUUCCGUUGAUUCUAGUAUCAUUCUUUGUUUUUAUUUUGGUUCCUAAAAAUUCAACUUGGGUUUUGAUUUCUAGCCUUCCUCCUUCUUCUUCUUCUGCUGCUGCUGCUGCUUCAAACGGUAGCGAGAAGGAUGGUGCAGUUGCACAUGCAGAAGGAAGUGAAAAAGUAUUAGAUUUGCGUUCGAGGGUGGGGACGGUGGAUGUUCAUGGCAGCUUGGAAGAAGCGGCACUGUCAGAUGAGGCUGCGCUUAAUCGUCCAGCUUCACCACCACUUGCUGUUGAAGCAGUGACCCAAAUUCAAGAAUUAAAUGAAACAAAGGAAGAGAGCUUAAAUAUCUCCAUUCCCGACUCAGAUAGAUUAAAUACAUCCAUGACCGGGAUUCAGAACACGACAACACCCCGGAAUGAAUCCAUUGCUCUUCCCUUGAAUCAAAGUAGACAAGUGCGGACCAAAUUGGAUAAGCUUGAAGCAGGUCUACAAAGAGCUCGAGCCGCCAUAAAAGAAGCUAAAAAUGGCAGUCUGUUGCAGGACCCCGAUUAUGUCCCUAUAGGACCUAUGUAUUGGGAUGCCAAGGCCUUUCACAGGAGCUACCUAGAGAUGGAAAAACAAUUCAAGAUCUUUGUUUACAAAGAAGGGGAGCCUCCAGUGUUUCAUGAUGGUCCUUGCAAGAGCAUAUACUCCAUGGAGGGAAAUUUCAUCCAUAAGAUGGAUGUUGAUAGCAACUUCCAAACCAAAGAUCCCGAGAAAGCUCAUGUUUUUUACCUCCCAUUUAGUGUAGCAAAGAUGGUCCGAUUUGUUUAUCUGCGUGACUCUCGUGAUUUUAGUCCCAUAAGAAGGACAGUCGUAGACUAUGUUAAUCUUAUAGCAGAGAAAUAUCCAUAUUGGAAUCGAAGCCUUGGAGCUGACCAUUUCAUGCUUGCCUGCCAUGAUUGGGGGCCAGAAGCUAGCUUUUCCCUUCCUUACCUACAAAAGAACUCCAUUCGUGCCCUAUGCAAUGCAAACACUUCUGAAAAAUUCAACCCUGUCAAGGAUGUCUCCAUUCCAGAAAUCAAUCUCCUAACUGGAAAAUUAACUGGUUUGAUUGGUGGACCAUCUGCAUCUCGGCGUCCAAUCUUAGCCUUCUUCGCAGGAGGGGUUCAUGGCCCUAUAAGACCUAUACUCCUUGAGCAUUGGGAGGGCAAGGAUGAAGAUAUUAGGGUACAUAAAUACCUUCCAAAAGGUGUCAAUUACUAUGAAAUGAUGAAAAAUAGUAAAUACUGCAUUUGCCCGAGUGGUUAUGAAGUUGCAAGCCCAAGGAUAGUUGAGGCACUGUACAAUGGAUGCGUUCCAGUGCUCAUAUCAAAAAGUUAUGUGCCUCCAUUUAGUGAUGUUUUAAGAUGGAAGUCAUUUUCUGUGGUGGUUUCAGUGGAUGAUAUUCCCAAACUGAAGGAAAUAUUAACAAAGAUAUCGUCAAGGCAGUAUAUAAGAAUGCAGAGGAGAGUGUUACAGGUAAGAAGGCAUUUUGCGUUCAAUUCUCCUCCUAAGCGUUUUGAUGUCUUUCAUAUGAUCCUGCAUUCCGUUUGGCUAAGAAGACUGAACGUUAGGAUUAGUGAUGAUCAUGGAGUCAUGCCCAAUUGAUGAAUAAUAUAUGGACAAUUCAGGAAGAUUUUUUUAGUUCAAGUAAUAAUUAAUCAUGUCUAGCACAUUCAAAAUUGGUUGUAGAGUCGUAAAUGUGUCUUUAUUUGCUCUAUUUCCUUUUCCAACCUUGAAGGUGUUGAUAUUAGUAGGCAUUUGGGUGAAAUUUGUGCACGUCAUGUAAAGUUUCAUGGGUAGUUUUGCUGGAUGAAAUUCAGUCUCUGUAAUCUGUAGCAUUUUCGUAGUGAUGGGCAAAGUGAACUUUUAUCCCUCAUCA